CCCCAGGAUCUGCUUUAAAUCACUCAGAAGACAACGCACCCUCGACGGGCUGUGGAUAUCUACGCACCUCUUCCAUUUCUUAAAUUAGCCCCACUAAGCUUCGAGAUACCGCCCCCAAUAUCAGUGUCGGUACGGAGCCGCCAGGCCGGGACAGAGACGGAGAGAGAGCCCUCGGCCAUGGAAGCGCUCGGACCCGAAUCUCCCCCAGGCCCGCCCGCCCCUACCUCCCUCUUUCAACCGCCGCGGCGGCCCGGCCUGGGCACCGUUGGGAAGCCGAUUCGCCUGCUGGCCAAUCACUUCCAGGUGCAGAUCCCCAAGAUCGACGUCUACCACUAUGACAUCGACAUCAAGCCUGAGAAAAGACCACGGAGGGUCAACAGAGAGGUGGUUGACACCAUGGUCAGGCACUUCAAGAUGCAGAUCUUUGGGGACCGGCAGCCUGGAUACGAUGGCAAGAGGAACAUGUAUACAGCCCAUCCGCUGCCCAUUGGAAGGGACCGGGUGGAUCUCGAGGUGACUCUGCCAGGUGAAGGGAAGGACCAGACUUUCAAAGUGUCUCUGCAGUGGGUGUCCGUGGUGAGCCUGCAGAUGCUCAUUGAUGCCCUUUCCGGUCAUCAUCCGGAGGUCCCAGAGGAUUGUGUGCAGGCGCUGGAUGUCAUCACCCGUCAUCUGCCCUCCAUGAGAUACACCCCGGUCGGCCGCUCUUUCUUCUCUCCGCCCGAGGGCUACUACCACCCCCUCGGUGGAGGCAGGGAGGUGUGGUUCGGCUUCCAUCAGUCCGUCCGCCCAGCUAUGUGGAACAUGAUGCUCAACAUUGAUGUUUCAGCCACUGCCUUCUACCGAGCCCAGCCUGUCAUCGAGUUCAUGUGUGAAGUCUUGGACAUCCAGAACAUCAAUGAGCAGACCAAACCCCUCACAGAUUCGCAACGUGUCAAGUUCACCAAGGAGAUUAGAGUUUCUGUUUCUGGGCUUUCUAAAGGACUGAAAGUGGAGGUCACCCACUGCGGUCAGAUGAAGAGGAAGUACCGUGUGUGCAAUGUUACCCGCCGCCCAGCCAGCCAUCAGACGUUCCCCCUCCAGCUAGAAAAUGGCCAAGCCAUGGAGUGCACUGUGGCUCAGUAUUUCAAACAAAAGUACAGCCUGCAGCUCAAAUACCCCCACCUUCCCUGCCUCCAGGUGGGGCAGGAACAGAAGCACACCUAUCUGCCCCUGGAGGUUUGUAAUAUAGUAGCAGGCCAACGGUGCAUAAAGAAGCUGACGGAUAACCAGACCUCCACUAUGAUCAAAGCCACAGCCCGCUCAGCACCCGACCGACAGGAGGAGAUCAGCAGGCUGGUCAAAAGCAACAGUAUGGUGGGCGGCCCCGACCCCUACCUGAAAGAGUUUGGCAUAGUCGUGCACAACGACAUGACGGAGGUCACCGGGCGAGUCCUCCCAGCGCCCAUGCUGCAGUAUGGGGGCCGGGUGAGUACUGACACUGGGAGGGACUGUGGCAGGGGACUCUCUCCCCAGAACAAGACGGUGGCCACGCCCAAUCAGGGCGUGUGGGAUAUGAGGGGGAAGCAGUUCUACGCCGGCAUCGAGAUCAAGGUGUGGGCUGUAGCCUGCUUCGCCCCUCAGAAGCAGUGCCGAGAGGACCUACUCAAGAGCUUCACAGACCAACUGAGGAAGAUCUCGAAAGACGCUGGCAUGCCCAUCCAGGGACAGCCCUGCUUCUGCAAGUACGCCCAGGGAGCCGACAGCGUGGAGCCCAUGUUCAAACACCUCAAGAUGUCCUACGUGGGCCUGCAGCUCAUCGUUGUGAUCCUGCCUGGAAAGACUCCCGUCUAUGCGGAGGUGAAGCGCGUUGGGGAUACUCUCCUGGGUAUGGCCACCCAGUGUGUCCAGGUGAAGAACGUGGUGAAGACGUCCCCCCAGACCCUGUCCAACCUCUGCCUCAAGAUCAACGCCAAGCUAGGCGGCAUCAACAACGUCCUGGUGCCCCAUCAGAGGCCCUCCGUGUUCCAGCAGCCUGUCAUCUUCCUGGGGGCGGACGUGACUCACCCUCCGGCGGGCGAUGGCAAGAAACCGUCCAUCGCAGCGGUGGUGGGCAGCAUGGACGGCCACCCCAGCCGCUACUGCGCCACGGUGCGCGUGCAGACCUCGCGGCAGGACCUGGCCCAGGAGCAGCUCUACAGCCAGGAGGUCAUCCAGGACCUCACCAACAUGGUGCGCGAGCUGCUCAUCCAGUUCUACAAGGCCACGCGCUUCAAGCCCACACGCAUUAUCUACUACCGAGGCGGGGUGUCCGAGGGACAGAUGAAGCAGGUGGCUUGGCCAGAGCUGAUCGCCAUCAGGAAGGCCUGUAUUAGCCUGGAGGAGGACUACCGGCCGGGCAUUACCUACAUCGUGGUGCAGAAACGCCACCACACCCGCCUCUUCUGCUCCGACAAGGCUGAGCGGGUGGGGAAGAGUGGCAACGUCCCAGCAGGCACCACAGUCGACAGCACCAUUACCCAUCCCUCAGAGUUUGACUUCUACCUUUGCAGCCAUGCGGGCAUUCAGGGCACCAGCCGGCCCUCCCACUACCACGUCCUGUGGGAUGACAACUGCUUCACGGCGGACGAGCUGCAGCUGCUCACCUACCAGCUGUGCCACACCUACGUGCGCUGCACCCGCUCCGUCUCCAUCCCCGCGCCAGCCUACUACGCCCGCCUGGUGGCCUUCCGGGCACGCUACCACCUGGUGGACAAAGACCACGACAGUGCGGAGGGCAGCCAUGUCUCGGGCCAGAGUAACGGUCGUGACCCUCUGGCCCUGGCCAAGGCGGUCCAGAUUCAUUAUGACACCCAGCACACCAUGUACUUCGCCUGACCCAAGCCAGCAGGAGGCGCCAUUUCUCUCUUUUUAAAUACUCUGUUUUUCUCCACUCUUUUUCUGUCAUUUAUCGUUCUCUCUCUCUCUAUCUCUGCGCGCGCGUAUUUUUCUGCUACGGAGCGGUUCCAUAAGCCAGCGAACCAGGCCGUCAGUCCAAGCCGAGCAGACCCAGACCCAACGGAACCGCCAUUCUACCAGCAAUCCAGCACUGAGAGGCUUUCGGGUUUCCAAUGCACACAGAAAAAAAUAGAAAAAAAAAAAAAAAAAACACACUCACUCACUCUCGCACUCACACACACAAAAACAACAUAAGAAAACCCAAAUUGAGCCAUUUUUUUGUUCAUUUCUUCAUUUUGAAUGUUGAAAUGUAUUAUUGUUGUAAUUUGUUUGUUGUUUUAUGAGUUUCUUUUCUUUUUGUAAGAUACACUGAGCGCAAGCAACACACAGCUGCCAUCUUGGCAAGUGAAGCUUUGCCUCUUUCAGCUAAGCAGGACUCUCUUCACUUUUACCUCAAGCCCUUUUUGGGCAACAAAAAUGUCACAAAUGUCUAUGGGGUUGGGCGGGCGGGGUGGGGGUGCGUGGGGCGUUUUGAACUUUCAGAGGUGAUGACAAUGAAAACAUUUUGUUCCUUUUUACAACUGUGUUUUAACUCUUUCUCCUCUCAAAAUCUUUUACAAGCGAGGUGACCUGGGUAGCCAUUGCCCAUUGCGACUUCUAUAUCUCCUGUUCUGCAAAGACUAGCUGCAAGUGCUCGCGUGAGUGUGUUGAUGUGUGCGUAUGUAUGUAUAUGUGUGUGUGUGUGUGUGUGUGUGUGUGUGUGUGUUUCAUGGCAGGCCACUGAAUUGUAAAGGGAUAUCAAGGAGAUAACUGCUGUAAAUGCCUCUGUUUUUUUAUAUUUACACACAUAUAUAAAUAUAUAUAAAAAUAUUUACAUCUACAAUAUAUAAGCGUCUUUCAGUAGAUUUUACUGACUUGCAUAAGCUGGCGGUGGUGUGUAGCAGCAUCAAGUAUCGUGUUCCUUUUUUCUGUGUGGCAGACCAAGGAGAGCAUCAGGGGAGUCAUUUUUGUUGCCACGGUAACCUGUGGUGUCUUGAGUGACCUCCUUAUGCCCUCGUUUAGAUGGUGAUGGGGUUGAGGAAGUGGGUAGACUGUUGUGUGUCUCGAAGGGGUAAAUGCAACAGCUAGGUCUGGUGGUCUAGAGAAGAAAGGCCUCUUUAUUUGUUUUGGUCUUUUCAGACCUAGUUCGUAGUGUGUACUUAAGGUUGACUUGGCAAGGCAAACAGAAGGCACUCUCCCUUUCCCCUCACCUUUUAUGCAUUUUUAAAUUCAGAUCAGAUUUGUAAGAGUUUAAUAUAAAUAAGAGACUUUUUUUUUUUCGUGACUUAUCUUAACUGUUCUUAGAGUUAGAUGAUGCAUUGUUGUUGCUCUUGUUGUUAAUUGUUGUUCUUACUAUGAUCGUCAUGAUGAUGAUGAUGAUGAUGAAGAUGGUAUGGAGACUGUCAACAGCCAGAUGUUUAGUUCAGCUUUGAGGGAGAUGCUCUUGGAUCUUUCAGCGGAGUUUGUGAUAUUUGUAAGGUGUGCAGGUCUGUGUGUGUGGUGUGCGUGCAUGGGUAGUGUGCUGGGUCCAUUUGCCUAAUUUGCUGAUUUAAGGGGGGGAUGUGUGCUGGGGAAAGUGGGGGAGGGGUUUCUCCUUUUGGCUCCUGAUGGAUGUUCCUUUUUUCUGUAAUUUUUCUGGAGACGGAAUUGGUUGGACGUUAGUUUCCUUUAUCUUUGUCCUCAAUAUUGACUUCUCGUCCUAAAGGGCCCGCGGUCGUCCAAUUGCACUGUUUCAGAAACCUGCCCACUGGUUUGACAGAGGCGUUUCUGUUUGUUUCUUAUUUUCGUUUCCUUUUGUUUGAGGUAGCAUAUUAUGUUUAUGGUUGAAACAUUAUUUUGGUUGAGAGCAAGUUUUUUAAAGUGACAAUCAUCAGAGCCUAAAGGAGGCCAAAUUAUUAGAAGCUGACGAGCAGGAAAGGAAUAAAAUGGCAGCAGGCGGUGGUUUUGAAUUUUUACACGUAAAAAAAUGUUUCUAUCCUGUUGUGUGUAUUUGACCAUGUGUAUCUAUAUCUAUUGAAAAGUCUGUACUAAAAGGUUUUUUUUUUUUUUUUUUUUUGUUACAUUUUUGGAUCAUUUAUGAAAAAGAUACAAAAAAAAAAAAAAAAAAAAGCAAAACACAAAGUAAUCGGAUGCCAGCCAUUGGAGCUCACAGUCAUAAGCACUGCCCUUCAGAUUACACGAUUAGUAACCCGAAGGAGGCCCUUGAGGUCCCUCCCAGGUUUUCAGCGGUUUUGGGUGGAGAGGUCAGGUAUUGGGGUGGGGUAGGGUAGGGUGGGGUGGGGGUUGGUCAGUUUUGGGUGGGAGCGGCACUCCACGCCUCGGCAGGGAGGGGGCACUCGGCAAAAAAACCUUUUAUAAUAAACCACCGGUUAAGCAGCAGGUUUGCUAUGAAUGAGUUUGAGCGCAGACCCCCCCGGGGGGCGUGGAGAGCGCUCCCUUCUGACCAGGACCAAUGGGGAGUCAGAGGAGACUAGAUGAGGGGGUAGGAAGGUUAACAUGGGGACCUCAAUGUCCAGCGGGCCUCCUCGCCACACUGAUUGAUACCCCCUAUACUGGCAUCACCAUUCCCUCAAAGUGUGUCCCAGUUUCUUAUCAGGUCAUGUCAGUUUCCACUUUCAAACUCCUAUUCUCACUGCGAAGCAAUAUGAACCCAACCCAAUGUUUUUUGCAUUGCUUUUUAGUUCCUCUACAAGUUUUAAAAAGAAAGAAAAAAAAAAAAAAAAAAAAGCUAUAACUGCUCGUUUUUGUCUUGCUAUGGCUGUUGGUCUGAUCUAUAUGCGGUGUUUGUAUUUUCUGUGCUAGCUUUUUUUUUUUCUCACUCUUUCCUUUCCUUGUUUUUAUGCUUGUAUCAAUCAGUGGGAAUGUGCUUUUGGUGGAUUAGCUCUUUAGGCUUCGUUAACAGUUUUGAAAACUUUUUAGACUUUGCUCGCUUGCAUGCCAGAGUAUCGUCCUUAUGAGAAAAGAAAGAAGAAAACUCUUAGAGACUAUUUAUUAAGACAACAGAAAGAGCAAAAGAUCUUAUAAAGGUUUUUUUUUUUUAAACAAAAAUUAUGUCUAAGUAUUUUAGGUGAGACUUUUUGGGGUAGCAAUAUUUGCAGAGUCUCUUUUAAGGACAGAUGGACUUCAGAGAUACAAACAAAUAACGAUUCCUACAGAAAUGACAUUGAUUUGCGGCACAAGCUGAGGUAGGGUUGGGGUCAUUGGGGUUUGAGGGGGGGGGGGGGGGUCAGAGGUGAGGACUUGGGAGUCUUUGCACGCGCUCACAAAGUCAAACGAGGUACUUUCUUCAAUCAGGGGCUGGUGAAGACUCCCGUCCCCCUCCCUCUCUCCUCCCCUCCCUUGCCGUCCUUCGCUGGCCACCCUCCAUGCCCUGCCCCAUACCUUGGCACUGACCAGCCCACAACCCUCCCAAAUGCACUUCCUUGUAGUGGGUGGCGACCCCACCCCUUCACCCCUUGUAGGGCUCCCGGCAACAGGAUUACCUCUUUUUCAAACGUUUUAUUAAUUCUUUCUGUACCUUGCCCCCACACACCCUCCUCAGACAUCAACAGAGCAUGAUUUUAAUUUUUUAAUUCCUCUUUGAUAUAUACAAGGAUUUGUUAUUUGAUGAUGUGUGUUUGUAAUUUAAUUUUUUUUUUUUUCUUCUUUAAAUUUGUUUUCUUUCUCUGUUCUUAUACUGGUGUGUAGCGCUGUGCUGAUUUAACUCUAGUGUUCCGAGCUGUGUGACCAGUAGCAAUAGGGGUUGGGGGGGCGCCCUUGAGGUCCUGCUGGGAAGGUCUGGGGGGGGGGGGGGGGGGGCUAUAGCCAGCCUCUUCUGACAGGGUGCUUGGUCAGUUGCUGUAUUGCUAAAGUGACAUGUUAAAAAUCCUCCUUUUUUUUUUUUUAGCCUGCAGGGAAUAUUUGUGUUUUAUUGUGCAAACUAAGUAAUAAAUUGGUAUUUUAAUGCCUCGCU